UGGGCUUUGGACAGACAGACUGACUCCUGGGGCCUGCCAACCAUCAAAAUGUCCAAAGGGCCUCUAAUUCUCUGGCUGCUGAUUGAGCUUGGGCGGCUUUCUCUGACUUCAGCUGCACCAGAGACUGUGAGAGCAUAUUUGGGUCAGACGGUGACUCUGCCCUGUAUGUACCCGUCUUGGUCUACGAGCAGAAACAGCAUGUGCUGGGGCAAGGGUGAGUGUCCCAAAUCCAAAUGCAACGAGGAGCUUCUCCAGACCGAUGGGGUAAGGGUGCUGUCCAGGAAGUCACCAAAAUACGAACUUCAGGGCAGUAUCUGGAGAGGCGAUGUCUCCUUGACCAUCUCCAACACCAAUGAAGAUGACAGCAGUGUGUACUGUUGCCGCAUAGAGGUCCCUGGCUGGUUCAACGAUGUGAAGAAGCACAUUCGCCUGCAGCUGAGGAGAGCCCCAGCAACCAGGCGCACAAGAACACGUCUCCCAACCACCACCACCGCUCUGACAACAACCACAACUGUGCUUCCAACAACAGCUGUGCUUCCAACAACAGCUAUGCUUCCAACAACAGCCAUGACUAUACCUGAGCUCACAGCCAGAACACCGCUUCAGACAAGAACCACCACUGCCCUCACGACAGUGGCAACUACGUGCCCUCCAACAAUAUCAACCUUUCUUUCUGAAGCCACCACAGUUCUUCCAACCCCUGAGCUUUCCACGGAAGGGCCCAUCCUCACUGCAGAGUCAGAAACUUUCUUUCUCUCCAGAGACCCUGAGAGAAGCACUGAGGUGACUUCUGGAAACAUUGCCUUACUUACAUCCAAAGAGUCCGAAGGUUGGGUUCUCCAGUCAACAGCCCAGGUGUCAACAUUAACAUGGGAAAUGAGUGAUUCAAUGACUUUUCCUCAGACAAGAGCAACGGAGACAGAAAUGCCUGUGCAAAAUGGAGUUGAAUCAGAACAGGUGAAAAUGGCCAUCAACUCUGACCUGCUAAUGAUCGUCGCUCCCUCCCUGGGAUUCGUGCUGUUGGCGUUGCUUGUGGCGUUUUUCCUUCGAGGGAAAGUCAUGAAAACCGGUUGGUUCCUGAAACACACAAGGCUAGACAAUGUUGGAGAAAGUAAAAACAACUUUGAUGAUAUGCAGCAUGGAAGAGAAGACGAAGACGGUCUUUUCACGCUCUAAUGUGCCACUUUCUCCCAGGAUUGAGGACAGGGGCAUGAUGCAGGAAUUCUCAAAAUAAGUCUUAGAAUGUGUUGUUUUGUUUUGUCUUGUUUUGUUUUGUUUUUAAAGCCCCCCAUCUAUUCCAUUGGUGUCACGAUCCAAUCUUGCUUUAAUUUCACAAGUGAAAGUACUUUAGAGACCUUUAGCACCUUCUCUGCCAGGUGCUUUAAUCUCCCGGGUAGCAUCACUCUAAGUGAUCUUCCAGACUGCGCUUGAAUAAUUUCAGUGAUGGUGAGCUCACUACCACAUCUAAAGGAGAUCAUUCCAUCUCAGGGCAUCUCUGAGACUUAGAAAUAUUUAAAACAAAGUCUGUCUCCAGAUAGCAUCUGCCUGUGGGUUGUAGUUGAACUCAUUGUGUUUACACAGAACGUGUGUAAUCUCUCUUCUGACAGCGCUCCAGAUACUGGAAGAAAGGCCUCAUGUCUCUCCAAACUGCCUUGCUUCUGGGACACCAUUUCUGGUCCCUUCUCAACCCUAGUUGCCUUUGCCUCCUAUGCAUUUGUAUCUCUCUCUUUAUGCCCAACUUUUGGAGUGCACUGCUCCCCCUCCAGGGAUGGUAGGAGCAACCCUGGGUCUGGGUCUCAUCAAUACUGCCAGAAGCGAUGGAGAACAGCACCAUAAUUUUGGCUCACAUUUUCUUUUUUGAAAAAAAGAUUCUCCCUUAACCAGGGCUCUGUGGGGGCGAGCGUGGUGGCCGAUAGUCAGGAGUUUCCUGCAGCAGGAGGCAAAGGUCCAGGUGGAGGUGGGUGUCAGAGACCUCUCCUUUAAGCGGGCAUUUACCUCGACUCCCUGUCUUCAGUCCUCCCCAUCUCCGAUUUGUUCUCCAUGCUGUGGCAGAGAUCUCCUUUUCUAUUU